UCAAUUGUCCUACAUUCCACUUCAAACUCAUCAACAAUGCAUUCAGAGUCUUCUUCUUCAGAGCCCUCAAAUCUUCCUCUCAAACAAAUUCCUGGCAGCUAUGGCCUCCCGUUCUUCGGAGCAAUCAGAGACCGUUGGGAUUUUUUCUAUAACGAAGGAAAGGACAAGUUCUUUGACGACAGAAGCAGGAAAUACCAGUCCACGGUCUUCAGAACCAAUAUGGCUCCUGGCCCUUUCAUUGCUUCUGAUCCUAGAGUUGUCUGUCUCCUCGACGCUGUCUCAUUCCCCAUCCUCUUCGACUUGUCAAAAGUCAAAAAACACAACGUUCUUCUUGGCACUUUCAGGCCUUCCUGGUCCUUCACCGGCGGCUACCGUAUCUGCUCCUACCUUGACCCUUCUGAACCAAAGCACACCUCUCUGAAAUCAUUCUUUCUGUCCAUAAUUGCCACUCGCCAUAACAAGUUCAUCCCACUCUUUCAAGACUGUUUGGAUGAGUUCUUCUCCAAGCUCCAAGCUCAAAUCCAAAUCCAAAAACAAGUAGAUUUCAAUUCCCUUAACGACAAAAUGGUCUACAACUUCAUUUUUCGCCUUUUCUGCGAUAAGGACCCGAGAGAGACAAAUCUAGGAUCCGAUGGGGCAAAGCUUUUCGACAAAUGGCUGUUUCUUCAACUCGCACCACUUGGAACCCUUGGGAUACUUCCUAAGUUUCUAAACUUUCUUGACGAUCUUCUCCUCCAUGUAUUUCCAUUUCCAUUCCUUUUGGUUAAAUCUGAUUACAACAAACUCUAUGAUUCAUUUUACAACUCUGCAGUUUCCAUUCUAGAUGAAGCUGCAAGUUUCGGAAUUAAACGAGAUGAAGCUUGCCAUAACCUACUUUUUCUUGUCGGUUUUAAUACUUACGCUGGCUUGAAAGUUCUAUUUCCAUCGUUGAUCAAGUGGGUAGGGUUGGCCGGAGAAAAGUUACACCAGCAGUUGGUUGAUGAAAUUAGGACUGUUGUUAACGCUGAAGGUGGAGUCACGUUCUCGUCCUUGGAGAAAAUGCCCUUGACAAAAUCAGUGGUGUAUGAAACGCUAAGGAUAGAGCCAUCAGUACCGUAUCAGUACGCUAGGGCAAAGGAGGACAUGGUAAUCCGGAGCCAUGAUGCAGCAUUUGAGAUCAAGAAAGGGGAGUUGAUCUUCGGAUAUCAACCAUUCGCCACAAAAGAUCCUAGGGUUUUUGAGAACCCUGAGGAAUUUGUCCCUAAUAGGUUUGUCGGGGAAGGAAAGAAGCUGUUGAAGUACGUUUACUGGUCAAAUGGGAGGGAAACGGAAAACCCAACGCCAGUAAAUAAGCAGUGUCCCGCGAAGGAUCUGGUGUUGCUGCUGUCCAGGGUAUUGUUGGUAGAGUUCUUCCUCCGGUUUGAUACAUUUCGUGUGGAGGCUAAGCCGGCAGCGAUCUUAGGAUCAUCAGUGACGUUGAAGUCGUUGACCCCCAAAGCAACAACCACUUGAUGAUGAUCAUCCCGAUUAUCAUUAUUUAUCGUUCUUAAUUUGCUUCUUAAUUACCCUAAUGCUUGACAUGCUGCAGGUGAACUACUAAA